GCCGGGCCGGAGCAGGGGGAGUCCGGGCUGCGCCGCCCUCCAGCGCCAUCAUGUGCGAGGUGCCCGCGGAGGUUCAGCGCUUCCUACAGCAGCACCCGGUGCUGCGCCUCGUCGAGCCGGGCAAUAAGGUGAAAUGCAGGUUGACAGGUCACGAGCUGCCAUGUCGGAUGCCAGAGCUGCAAGCUUAUACGAGUGGCAAGAAGUAUCUGAGACUGAUAAAGACAGCAAGAGCAUUUGACUACAGCGAAUUCGAGCCACACGUUGUGCCCAGUACCAAGAAUCCCCAUCAGCUGUUUUGCAAGCUCACUCUCAGGCACAUCAACAGGCUUCCAGAGCAUGUGCUGCGUCAUGUCCAAGGAAGGCGCUAUCAGAGAGCACUGAAAAAAUAUGAGGAGUGCCAGAAGGAGGGUGUGGAGUACGUCCCUGCCUGCCUCCUGCAGAAGAGACAGCGGCGGCGAGAUGACCAGGCUGAGGGGAGCAGGCAGCCCCGCAGAAAGGGAGAAUUCUGGGAGCCUAUGUCCAGUGAAGAGGAAGAAGAUGAGACAGAUGAUAGCAUGAGCGACCUGUACCCAGCUGAGCUUUUCCCAGAAAAAAGGCCAGUGGUGCAAGGAGAACGGGAAGGUGAUGAUGACUUCGUGACAGAUAGCGAGGAAGAUGUGGCCAAGCCUGCAGAGGAAAACAGCAGCAUGAAUGGAGAGGAGAGUGAAAAGAUGGAUGAGACCAGACGAGCUGGCAACAAAAGGGGAAAGCCACAGUUGAGUUCCUUAAAGAAGAAAUUUAAGAGUCACCAUCGAAAACCCAAAAGCUUCAAGAAAGCAGCCAAUGGCAAAUAAACUUUUCUAUACGUGUGAAACAGUAGUUGGCUGGAGCUAGUUCUGUGGCAGUUCUAAAUGGGGCAGGGUGGCACAAGUCCCACUGAAAAGCCUGGCCUUGGACCUUGCCUACACCAUUGUUAGGUUCCAACCAACGGUUUCUAAUGGGGGGGUUUUAGUAAGCUGGAGCACAAAUGGGUUGUGGGCGUUAGGGUCGAUUCUUGGGGUAUGGCCUAGUUCUGACUGAGAGGCCAAUGAUUGGGUGCCUUAUAUUAGUAUAACAUCUAUUCUGUGGCACUUCAUUUUUUGCUGAAAGCGUUGGCAUUUUUAUUCCACUUCCUGCCACACAAGAAUCUACUACCGAGACUAUUAA